CUCGACGCGCUUUUAAUUGAGCCCAGUAAGUGUCGGCCCCUGACGUCGGGGAGAGGCGGGGAGCGACGUCGACGCCAACUGUGCCGACGAACGAGCGACUGUUAGUCGCUGUCGCAGUCUGCUCAUCUGCGGCAGAAAAGCCUAGAACACCCGACGCCGCAACCCCCCCCUCCUAAACCUAUUCCCCCGCGCUUCAACAUAAACAGAAAAUGGACGAAAAUGUUUUUACGAAGGAGCUGGAUCAAUGGAUCGAGCAGCUGAACGAAUGCAAACAGCUCACGGAGGGGCAAGUGAAGAAUUUGUGCGAAAAGGCCAAGGAGAUCCUGACCAAGGAGUCCAACGUGCAGGAGGUGCGAUGCCCCGUGACGGUGUGCGGCGACGUUCACGGCCAGUUCCAUGACCUCAUGGAGCUGUUCAAGAUCGGCGGCAGAUCUCCCGACACAAACUACCUGUUCAUGGGCGACUACGUGGACCGGGGUUACUACUCCGUGGAGACGGUCACUUUACUUGUAGCACUUAAGGUUCGUUUCCGGGAGCGCAUCACCAUCCUGCGUGGCAACCACGAGAGCAGACAAAUCACGCAAGUGUACGGUUUCUACGACGAGUGUCUGCGCAAGUACGGCAACGCCAACGUGUGGAAGUACUUCACUGACCUCUUCGAUUACCUUCCGCUCACCGCCUUGGUCGACUCUCAGAUUUUUUGUCUUCAUGGUGGUUUGUCACCAUCCAUUGACACACUGGACCAUAUCAGGGCGCUGGAUCGCUUACAGGAAGUGCCUCAUGAGGGUCCCAUGUGCGACCUGCUGUGGUCGGACCCCGACGACCGCGGCGGUUGGGGCAUCUCCCCGCGGGGGGCCGGCUACACCUUCGGCCAGGACAUCUCGGAGACAUUCAACCAUGCCAACCGCCUCACGCUGGUCUCCCGCGCCCACCAGCUGGUCAUGGAGGGCUACAACUGGUGCCACGAAAGGAACGUGGUGACGAUAUUCAGCGCUCCCAAUUACUGCUAUCGCUGCGGCAACCAAGCGGCCAUCAUGGAGCUGGACGACACCCUCAAAUACUCCUUCUUGCAGUUUGACCCGGCACCUCGCAGAGGGGAGCCCCACGUCACCCGCCGCACCCCAGACUACUUCCUGUAACCGGCUUUGAAAGUCCAUCCCUCUUGUACAGUCAAGUCCAGUGUUGCCAUAUAAUGGAAGAAACAGCAGCAGCAGCAGCACACAUUGUACAUUCACACAAAGACCUAUUUAAGCAUUUAGCAAGAAAUGUGUGUGUGUGUAUGUGUGCGCGCGUACAUGUCUGUGGACGGACCAAACGGUGUGCCAUAAAUCGACACAUGAUGGGUUGUUGAGGACUUGUCUUAUAUUAGGAAAUUUCGCGCCCAG